AUGUCCAGCCUGCAGAGACCCGCUCCCCCCGCCCAAACCGUCACCCUAAGCCUGGAGCAGGUAAAAGAGGCGUUGGGGGAAGUGCUCGACGCUCUGCAGUCCCCCACAGGCAGCGCACGCUUGGAGGAGGCCAGAGAGAACUCUGGGAAUGACCUGGGGAAAGUUCUGCAGCUUCUGCUCCCGGCCGCCGUCCAGAUCCAGCAGGAAGUCCUCCAGAACUACGGCUUCAGCCCGGAUGGAGAGGGUGUCCUCCGAUUCGCCCGUCUGGUAAAAUCAUUUGAGGCGCAGGACCCCGAGAUCGCAGCCAUGUCCAACAAACUGAAGUCCUUCUUCCUGCCCCCCUUACCUCUCCCCCCACAUGCCGGGCUCCCUAUGCCCUCCUCCUGA